AUGGGGUCCGAACACUAUCCUGUGAAACAUAGUGGGAUCUACCACAACCUGCCAACCUUUGACCCAGCCAUUAAGAACCUCACCGCCAUCGUCACUGGAGCAAAUGGCAUCUCAGGCUUCCACACAAUGCGGGUUCUGCUCGCAAGCCCGGAACGGUGGAGCAAAGUAUAUGCCUUGUCCAGAAGACCGCCACCCAAGGAAAUGAUGGGAUUACUCAAGCCGGAGGAGCGUUCACGUGUCCAACAUGUCGCCGUUGACUUUCUUGAGGAUCCUAAGAAGAUUGCUGAUGCGAUGACCUCGGCUGGCGUGAAAGCUGACUACAUCUUUUUCUAUUCCUACCUGCAGCCAAGACCUCCGCCCGGUGCGGUGGUGUGGUCAAACAGCGACGAGCUCGUGAAGGUGAAUAGUGCGCUACUUGACAAUUUCCUCGGCGCGCUUACCCAGGCCAACAUCAUCCCGAAGCGCUUUUUACUCCAGACAGGCGCCAAGCAUUACGGCGUUCAUAUCGGUCGAGCACGGGUACCCGCCAUCGAAUCAGACCCUCCACCUGCUCAUCUCGAACCAAACUUCUACUACCCACAAGAGAAGUCUUUACGUCAGUUCUGUGAAGCAAACCAAACUACCUGGAACGUAAUCCGUCCGGCCUGGAUUCUUGGCGCCGUCAAUAAUGCUCAAAUGAAUGCCUUGCACCCUUUCGCCAUAUACGCCGCUGUACAAGCUCAGAAGGGGGAACCGUUGUACUUUGCAGGGGAUUGGGAUGCGUGGCAAGGGGAGUCGCACCAUUCUAGUGCCAUGCUCACUGGGUACCUUUCAGAAUGGGCGGUGUUGGAGGACAAGUGCAAGAAUCAGGCUUUCAACUCUGUGGAUACCGGAGCCAUCAGCUGGGACAGGUUCUACGAGGAAUUGGUGCGUUGGUUUGGUGUUGGGAAGGGUAUUCAUCCCCCAGAAGAGGAUCUGAGCAAGUUCCACGAGAUCAAGGGUAGGAGUGGGAAGGAUACUCCCAUGGGCUACGGCCCAGCUCCGGUCAUGCGCAGCCUCUUCUCCCUCGUCGACUGGGCCUCGAAACCGGAAAACAAAGAGGCCUGGCAGCAGCUGAUGAAGGCCUCCGGAGGCCAACUCACUGAUGAUCCGUUCAGAGACCCUCAAGCGAACUUUGAAUUCGGGGACGCCGCCUUCCUGAGAGUCGGCAGUCUUGCCAUGAACAAGGCCCGACGCAUGGGCUGGACAGGCUUCGUCGACACAAUAGAGGCUCUCUUCGAGAUGUACUCGGAGAUGGGUGACCUCGGGAUGGUACCGAGAAUGAAAGUCAAUGCGGCCAAGCCGUUAGUGUAG